AUGGGUAAGGCGCAGAAGAAGACAGGAAAGGGUCGUCUCGACAAGUACUACAAGCUCGCAAAAGAGCAGGGUUACCGUGCCCGUUCGGCGUUCAAGCUCAUCCAGCUGAACAAGAAGUACUCAUUUCUGGAGUCUGCAAGAUGUUGUAUAGAUCUUUGCGCUGCUCCUGGUGGUUGGUUGCAGGUGGCGAGCAAGUACAUGCCGCAAAACAGCGUGAUAGUCGGCGUUGACUUGGUCCCUAUCAAGCCUAUACCCCGUGUCGUCACUUUUGCCUCCGACAUCACCACACCACAAUGUCGGAAUUUGAUCCGGGGCGAGUUGAAGGACUGGAAGGCCGACGUCGUGCUGCACGACGGUGCACCGAACGUCGGUACGGCCUGGGUCCAGGAUGCGUACAGUCAGUCCGAGCUCGUGCUUAUGAGUAUGAAGCUCGCGGCGGAGUUCCUCAUCAAGGGCGGGACGUUCGUAACGAAGGUCUUCCGGAGUGCGGACUACAACAACCUCAUCUGGGUGUUCAACCAGCUCUUCGGCAAGGUCGAGGCAACGAAGCCACCGUCUUCCAGAAAUGUCUCCGCAGAAAUCUUCGUCGUCUGCAGAGAUUUCCUGGCACCUAAGCACAUUGACCCCAAGUUUUUUGACCCCAAGCAUGUCUUCAAGGACCUCUCGUCCUCAUUACCUGAAGACGGUGAAAAGGGGACAUCGUCGAAGAACUACCAAGCCAGCGUGUUCCAGCCCGAAAAGAAGCGUCGGAAUCGUGACGGUUAUGACGAGGGAGACUAUACCCUCUUCAAGAGGGCAGGCGCUGCCGAAUUCAUCCGGUGCCCUGAUGCCAUUGCGUUCCUCGGGAGUGUGAACAAAAUCACCUUCGAGACCGAGGAAGAGAAGGAGUGGCUCAAGAUGGAUGUCACGACGGCGGAUGUUGUCGCAAACUGCGAGGAUCUCAAGGUGCUCGGCAAAGGUGACUUUAAGGCGCUCAUCAGGUGGCGGACAAGUCUGCGCGAAGAGAUCGGUAUCGAGGUGAAGACCAAGCCUACAGAAGAGCUCACGGAGACAGUAGAGAUCACGGAAGAAGUCGACGAGGAGGCGGAGAUCCAGAACGAGCUCGAACGUCUAAACGCCGAGGCCACUGCUCGCACGAAGCGCGAGCGUCGACGAGCCAAUGAGAUCAAGCAGCGUACAAUCCAGCGCAUGCAGCUCCAGAUGACCGCUCCGCUCGACAUCGGUCUGGAGCAGACUGAUGCAACGUUGAGCCUCGGUCAGGAUGAUGUGUUCGAUCUGGACAACGCCGCCAAGGCGCUGAAGCGCAAGGGUGGUGCUGCACGACUGGCUGAGGAAGAUGACGCCGAGAGCGACGAGGCCAGUACUGAGGAGGAUGAGGAUGAGGAUGUCGCCCUCGACUCGGACGAGGAAGAGGAACGCAAGGUCGCGGACCUCGAGGCUCAGCUGGACGGUCUGUACGACGCGUACCAGGAUCACCUACGGGAGCGUGACGCGAAGUACAAGGUAAAGGAGGCGCGGAAGAACGCCAAGCACCGGGAAGAGUGGGGUGGUAUCAAGGAGAAGGGGAGCGACGACGAAAGUGACGAAGAGAGCGACGAGGAAGGCGGCUGGGAUAAGUUUGAGGCGGCGAAGGAGCGCGCAGGCGAAGACUCGAGCUCGGACGGGGAUUCGAGCGACGAGGAAGACAACGCGCAGGCGACCUCCCUCGCACCUGUGAAGAAACGGCGGAUAUCAGGAGAUGCUCCGAGCGACACACGAAGUAGGAAGAAAGCCCGUCUUGCAGAGGCACCAUCGGCGACAGGGCCGCUUAGCCGGGCAGCGCAAGUCUGGUUCAGUCAAGACUGCUUCGCGGGAGCGGAUAUUGAUAUUUCAGACAAAGAAGGCGAAGACGGAGAGUCAGACGAAGACGCGGACGUCCCGGCUGAGGAUAGCGACGUCCAAAUGGAGGUCAGCUUUCCGGCUAUUAUUAUCGACCUCUCGAGCGAAGACGAAGACGAUUUCGAGGUCGUUCCUCAGGAGCCGGAUGAUGCCGACGAAGAGAUGUGGGACGUCGAGGACGAGAACCAGGACGAGCUUAAGCAAGCACACAUUAAGCAGCAUGGCCUUGUCACCCCUGAAGCGGUCACGAUUGCACAACAGCUGGUCAACAGGGAGAAGACGCGGACCCACUUAAUCAACGACGGCUUCAAUCGUCAUUCCCUUAACGCAAAGGACGGUCUCCCGUCCUGGUUCCUCGACGAUGAGGAGAAACAUUACAAGGCCAACAUUCCCGUCACUAAAGAGGCCGUCGCCGCGCUGCGUGCCAAGAUGCGUGCCCUCGACGCGCGUCCGAUAAAGAAGGUCGCCGAGGCAAAGGCACGGAAGAAGUUCAAGGCUGCGCAGCGGCUCGAGAAGGCCAUGAAGAAAGCUGAGGGUGUCAACGAGACCUCCGACAUGACAGAGCGAGAGAAGGCGAAGCAGAUUGAGAAGCUCAUGCAGAAGGGGGCUGCGAAGAAGCAGAAGAAGGAUAUCAAAGUCGUCGUGGCGAAGGGCGCUCACAAGGGUCUAAAAGGUAGGCCCAAAGGAGUCAAGGGACGCUAUGUGAUGGUGGAUUCCAGGAUGAAGAAAGAGGUCCGCGCAGAGAAGAGAAAAGAGCGUGCCAACAAAAAGCGAAAACGAAACUGA